AUGUUUCCACACAAAGUAGUCAGGAAACAAGAAGUCUCUUCAGCAAACCUUCCUCUGAAACAAGGAGCAAACGAAAAAGACGAAGAGAAGGAGUAUCUUCGAUACCGAAAUACUUUCCUGGAGCUGAAGGGUGUCUUUAAGCCUUUGCCUCUCCGUCGCACCCAGAGGACCCCAGCCAGCAAUCGGCCCUUCCGGGUUCCUCUUCUCAUGGAGAGCAAAGAUACAUGGUUUGCUUCACAGCUGAUUUGUCCUGCAGUCCUAAGGAGAAUAUUGUGUGGGAAAGAAGGGGACAUAUGUCGAUGUAGCCCUCACAGCAUCGCUGAAGUGACAGACCUGGAGUAUGAUCGCCUUAUAAGCAGGCAGCUGUCCUCUGUGGAUCAGAUCAUCAUAGUCUGUGUGUUCUCAGCCAAGAAGGACAAGAAUAUAAAUGAGGUGGCCAAAGUAUAUAGAGAACUGAAUAGAUCUAGAAGCAUGCCUUGCAUUCAGAGUCAUUUGGAUUCCUUUCGAUUGCUCAAGUACAACAUCACCUCUGCAUCUAAAUUUACAGGCAGCAAUUGUCCACUUCUGGUUCAAAGGCACAAUGUCAUCCCAGGAAUUUUUUUGGAGACAUGGGAGCCAGGGCAGGCCCAAGGAUCUCAGCAGCAGACACUGGGCACCUUCCGUCCAGUGCACUGCCCCCAGCUGGCACGAGCUUCUAGUGUUGUCUACCUCGACCCUGUUUGCAACCCAUCCGUCCAUCCCGCGGCCUCUGCCUUCCUAACGCUUCCAGAAUCCGACCUCUCCCACCAGCCCACCACGGGCAAGAGUCGCCCUCUUGCCAAACAGCCCCCGACUCACCUUCCUGGAACCCUCCACUGUUCUCCACGGAGCAGCCAGAGGAAUCUCAUAAAACAUACAUCAGAUUAA